UACAAGUCCCACAAUGCCAUUCGCACGAGAGCACUUCCUCUUCCGGACGAACAAGGCGCCUGCUCCUGCCGACGUGUUCUUCCGGUGGCGGAGUGGCGACUUAGGCUGUGCCCGGCAAAAUGGAGCUCGAGGCCAUGAGCAGAUACACCAGCCCAGUGAACCCAGCCGUCUUCCCUCAUCUGACCGUUGUGCUUUUGGCCAUUGGCAUGUUCUUCACCGCCUGGUUCUUCGUCUACGAGGUCACGUCCACCAAGUACACUCGGGACAUCUACAAAGAGCUCCUCAUCUCCUUGGUGGCCUCGCUCUUCAUGGGCUUUGGAGUCCUCUUCCUCCUGCUGUGGGUUGGCAUCUAUGUCUGAGCUCCAAGGGUACCAGCCAGGCGGCUUCCCGGAACCUCCAUUUUUGUAAAAAUGUUUUUCUUUUUUACUGUUGCUGGAAGCGUCCCACCUGCUCUCACAAUAAAAGCAGAUGUGUGACA